AUGAAUCUCGAUUCGCUGUCGUUUGCUUUGGCUGAAAUAACUUAUUCAGUGGCUACUUUAACAAAGAAAAAUUCUAAGACUGUCUUUCAGGAAAUAGCUCACCUGACUAACGUACACGGUGCAGAAGCAGACCGUCACUUAUUCCGCUGUCUGUUUUCUCAUGUGGACUUUAGUGGGGAUGGUAAGAGUGGAGGAAAAGAUUCCCAUCAAACUAAUUAUUUAAUACAAGAGUUCGCAGCUCUUUUCAGUAAACCUAAUUUUGUGUCAACCCUGUGUUACGCGAUUGACAACCCUUUUCAACAUCAAAAGACCCUUAAACCAAGUGCUCAAUUAUUCCCUCAACUGAGCAAAGUCCUCAAGUUGACAAGAGUACAAGAGGUGGUAUUCGGUUUGGCCUUGUUGAAUUCGUCCAACCUUGACACCUGUAAAUACGCUGACAACUUUGUGAAACAGAAAUUGCCCGAUCUCUUAAGGUCUUAUGUAGAUGCUGAUACUAAUUUAAGACAAGAAGGUGGAUUACAAGAUAUUGCCAUCGAAGGGCUUCAUCUUCUGCUUACGCACCUUGUCCGUGGAAAAGAUCAUCUGGGCAUUGGUGCAGACCAAAAGGAAGCUUUUUUGAAAACUCUACGCAAAGAUUUUCCAAGGAGCCGUGUUCCAGUUGUUCUUAGUCCACUGUUGUAUCCUGAAAUUGAAGAUAUCAGUUUUGAAAGGCUUUCUGAUACUUCCAUCAUGUCAUCAUCAAUGAAUGAAGCUUCUUUGGCUGAUAUUGUCCUUGAGGCUGGCUGUGCUUGUACCAAUACUGUUGAAGAAUGUCGCAACACACUUUUACAGUUCAAAACCAAAGAAUUAACGCCCUCAGCUGUUGCCAGAGUAAUGGGUAUGAUGGCCAAAAAUCCGUGUGGGCAAGUUGAUCAGAAUUGCAACUGGAAUGAUAAAGAAAAAGAUAAACCUGGUGUAACAACAUGGAAUGUGGACAUCUUUGUUCAAAUUGUCCAAGAAUUGGUACCCAAUUUACAGUGGAAUGAUGUAAUUGCAGAACUAGAUCAUAAAAGUUUCAUGAUAAAUAAUAAGAAAGGCUUGAGAUUGCUUAUACAAGGGUUGAUUAAAGCCCUUAAUGAUACUUUCCCAGUCAAGCAUAUUUAUAAACCAUGGAAGAAUACAGAAGGACAGCUAUCUUUUAUCUCCCAUGCGUUAAAGAACCCAGAUAUAUUUUGUCUUGCUGACUAUCCAUAUGAACCAGUGAUAACAGAUGUUUUAAAGGCAGUUCCAGAUGAAGAUAAUAGAGAAAUAUUAACUUGGAAAUCAAGGGACCUUGUUCAAGCACUUCUCAGACUUUCUGAUUUGGGUCAUUAUCAAUUUGUAACAGAUCUGUUCAAAUUUCCAGUCCAAAACUGUCCAGAUAUGUUAACUUUGGCUUUGCUCCAAAUUGAUCCUACUUGGAAUAUUCUGAAACAAGAGCUCCUGUCUAAUUUGAUCCCAAUUUUCCUUAAUAACCAUCCAAAUUCUGCGAUUGUGCUAAAUUAUGCUUGGCACUUUCAGGGUCACUCCACCAAUAUACGGACUUUAAUCAUGCACUCUAUGGCCGAGUGGUAUAUGAGGAGUGAUUGUCAAGACCAAAUCAGACUUGCUCGGAUUCUGGAUGUAGCCCAAGAUUUGAAGGCAUUGUCAAUGCUUUUGAAUGCUACUCCAUUUCCAUUUGUGAUUGAUUUGGCAUGUCUUGCAUCGCGAAGAGAAUAUCUAAAAUUAGAUAAAUGGCUUACAGACAAAAUCAGGGAGCAUAAGGAACCUUUCGUUCAAGCUUGCGUUAAUUUCCUUAAACGACGGUUCCCCAUGGUAACUGGUGGCGCUGUAAAAGAAGAACCACAAACUAAGAACAGGUUACCAGCAGAAACUGUAACAACUAUGCUUUCCUGUUUGCAAGUUUAUGCCAAUCAAAUUACUUCUCAUGAUUUAUCUGAGAUGAUUUUGACAAUGGUUGCCAAUGCAAAUCUGGCAAUGAACAAAGCUAGGCAGAUUCCACCUGGAGUUGUUGGAGCAAAGCUAAAUCAAACUGGGAUUACUACAGGCCAACCAAAUCCGGUUAUUGUUAAUAUGGAUUCCAUGAAUAAUAUGGGUGCGUUAGCUAUGGGCACUCCUGCUGCAGUGAGUGCGGCCUUCCCUCAAAGUCUGGCCACCCUCAGUACUGCAGCUGUUGCUGCUGCUCCUGGCUCACCACCCAAGGGGUUCCCAGAAAUAAAUCAGGCUCAACCAGGCUACAGCUCAAUUCAGGCUCUGACAAGUCAGUUGCAAAAUUUUAACUUAACACCAAUGGUACCUAGUAGAAAUCCGAUAAACACAUUAGGAUCUCUAAAUUCACAGACACCACUCAAACAGCAGCAACAAAACUUGGAUAACAAAAUUUUCAUGGGAGAUUUAAAUAUAUUUCCUGAUAGCAGUCAACACUUCAGUAAAAGUGUAGAAGAUGAAGCUAAUUCUUAUUUCCAAAAGAUUUACAACCAGCCUCCUCACCAGGUUUUAUCUAUUGAUGAAGUUUUGGAAAUGCUCAAGAGAUUCAGAGACUCUCAGAACAAAAGGGAACGGGACGUCUGCACAUGCAUGCUUCGUAACCUUUUUGAAGAAUAUUGUUUCUUUCCUCAAUAUCCUGAUCGAGAACUUCACAUUACGGCAGUUCUUUUUGGUGGUAUCAUUGAGCAAGGAUUAGUGACUUACAUGUCAUUAGGAAUUGCUCUUAGAUAUGUUUUGGAAGCUCUUCGCAAACCACAUGGUAGCAAGAUGUACUAUUUUGGAAUUGCAGCUUUGGACAAGUUUAAGACUAGAUUAAAGGAUUAUCCUCAGUACUGUCAACAUGUUGCUGCUAUUCAACAUUUUUUACAGUUUCCACAGCAUCUCAUUGAUUAUGUAGAGUUUGGUGCUACAUCCCAAGAGCCACCUGUCCAUUCACAAGCCAACCGAAGUAUCACACCUACAGUUGCCAACAUUGCGCCAGCACCUGUUCCAACAAGUGCACCAAAUGCACCAAAGAAUAUGCAGCCAUUAUCUAUUCCUUCCACUACUGCAUCAGUUUCUGCCAAUCCGGUUACUUCAAAUUCAAUUGCUAAAGCUGGGACGAUACCAAAGCCAUCAAUAGCAAAUGCUACAAAUAUUGACACUCUUCUUGCCGGUCAACAGAAAGAAGAGAUUGCCGUUCCACCAGAAGCCUUUCAAGACAAAGUUUUCUUCAUUUUCAACAAUCUUUCCAUGUCAAAUAUGGUGCAAAAGGCGGAGGAGUUGCAGGAGCAUGUAACAGAUGAGUAUGUUCCAUGGAUUGCUAUGUAUAUGGUGAUGAAAAGAGCAAGCAUUGAACCAAACUUUCAUGUUUUAUAUGCCAAUUUUGUUGAUGUUCUUCAGAUCAACAACUUCUACUCAAUGGUUUUGAAAGAAACAUUUAGAAAUAUAAAGGUGUUGCUACGAAGUGAUAAAGGUGUUGCAAAUUUCUCAGACAGAUCUCUACUAAAGAACUUAGGGCAUUGGCUUGGAAUGCUUACGUUAGCAAAAAACAAGCCAAUUUUACAAAUAGAUAUUGAUUUGAAAGCCUUGCUUUAUGAAGCUUACAAUAAAGGGGCCCAAGAACUAUUAUAUGUUGUGCCAUUUACAGCCAAAGUUCUUCAAUCAUGUGCCAAGAGCAAGGUUUUCAAGCCACCAAAUCCAUGGACAAUGGCUGCAAUGAAUGUACUUGCAGAAUUACAUCAGGAACAAGAUCUAAAACUGAAUUUGAAAUUUGAGAUUGAAGUUCUGUGCAAGACUCUACAUUUGGACAUUUCAGAACUUAAGGCAACCAGUUAUCUGAAGGACUUAUCACGACUGAGCACAAUUGAAAAUCAAUUAUCUGCUCCUGCAGUAAAACCUCCAAGUGGAACUCCUCAGCAGGAUGAGAUACCAGUUGCUAUUGUUACUGUUGGGACACCAACAGUGAUGGCGACUACGACGACAACAACAGCAUCUACUAUUCAAAUGCCACAACAGCCACAGUUCAGGUUUCAAGAUGUCAGCAAUUUGGCUUCUGGAAUUGGACAUCAAAUUGUCAUCAGUGAUCAGAUACUGUUAUUCCAUACUCACCAGACACUAAAGCAGUGUGUCCGUCCUGCAAUAGAACGAGCAAUUCAUGAAUUGUUACCACCAGUUGUUGAUAGAUCUAUUAAAAUUGCUCUUACAACUUGUGAACAAAUAACAAAGAAGGAUUUUGCUUUAGAUCCUGAGGAAAACAGAAUGCGUACUGCUGCUCAAAACAUGAUUUGCAGUAUGACUGCUGGUUUAACACUUAUCACUUGUCGGGAACCAGUCUACAUUGCUCUGAGCACGCAUUUAAAACAAGCAUUUUUGAAUGUUCUGAGAAAUCCCAAUCAGAAUCAAAAAGAGUUGAUUGACCAAGCUGCCACGCAAUUAGCACAAGAUAAUACAGAAUUGGCCUCAGCAAUCAUUCAGAAAAGUGCAGUUGAAAAGGCACUUCCAGAAAUGGAUAGAAGAUUAUCUACUGAAUUUGAAUUACGACGUCAUGCACGAGGAGAGGGAAGGCGUUACUGUGAUCCUGUAGUAUUGACUUAUCAAGCAGAGAGAAUGCCUGAACAAAUAAGAUUACGGGUUGGAGGUGUAACACCUCAACAAGUUGCUGUAUAUGAUGAGUUUGCUCGUAAUAUUCCGGGAUUCUUGCCUGUCAGUGAAGCCCAAGUACCACCUGGUAUAGCAAAAUCUAUUCCUUCCUAUCCUGAUGGAAUGGGUCAAGUGUUUGACAAAGUAAUUCAUGACAUUGAACAGAACAGCCAGCAAAUGUUGAGCAGUGUUUCAUCUGCAAACUUGAAUUUGGGAAUGAAUUUACAAUCGAUCAUUGAUGCUAUUCUUAUGGCCAGAACAAAUAGGGAUGUUCCUUCAUCAUCUGCUCUUGUACAAAAGGUGGUAGAAGCUCUCUUGGAGAAUUAUACCAACAAUAUGGCUGAUGCUGAUAUGGUGCGCUUCCGUGAAUGCUGUUUGCAUGUACUGAAAGGACUUAGUGAUGUCAGAGUUUAUGGACAUCAAUGGACAGUAAAACAAGUUACCAGAGCCGUCUUUGACUGCAGAGAUGAUAUCAAGUACAAUUUAGAUGCAUUGGAAUACCUUUUAAAAAAUCAUUUCUUAAGCAUCCAGCAGUUUGAUCAGUAUCUUGCUCAGCAAAUUGAUAAUGGAAUGAAUUUCCUUGUGUUGGUGUUUGCAAUUCAACUUGUUCAGAAAUUUGUAGUUGAUGAAAAAGCAAGUGGUCUUGUUACUGAGGCUGAUCUUCACAACACAAUUGAGAUGUUGUUAAUGAUUCAUUCUCGACCAAGGCCCCAACCACCUGAUGGUUUAUCCCACUUGGUGGAAGCACUGCGUAACAAUAGUGAUAGUGGCUUGCUGGACCGAGCCCCUGGUGGACCGACUUCAAUGAUGCAGUCUGGAAUUACACAAGCUAGAGAAUAUGAUGACCCUCCAUGGCUUCAUGAGAAAACCGAAUUCUUGUUAAGAGAAUGGGUGAAUAUGUUUCACUCUCCAGCCGCUGGAAGAGACAGUACAAAAGCAUUUACGGCUUUUGUGCAACAGAUGCAUAUCCAAGGUAUAUUAAAAACUGAUGACUUAAUCACGAGAUUCUUCCGUCUGUGUACUGAAAUGUGUGUUGAUUUAUGCUACCGCGCAUUGGGAGACCAAACGCAUAACCAAACAUUAACCCGAGCCAAAUGUUUCCACACACUUGAUGCUUUUGUACGACUCAUUGCUUUGCUUGUCAAGCAUUCUGGUGAUGCAGCAAAUACAGUGACCAAGAUCAAUUUGUUAAACAAAGUUCUUGGGAUUGUUGCGGGAGUCCUCUUACAGGAUCAUGAACUUCGGCACACAGAAUUUCAGCAAAUGCCAUAUCAUAGGAUAUUCAUUAUGCUGUUCAUCGAAUUGAAUGCUCCAGAACCCAUUCUUGAAGCUAUCAAUUUCCAGGUCCUUACUGCAUUUUGCAAUACAUUCCACAUACUUCGUCCUGCUCGGGCACCUGGAUUUGCAUUUGCUUGGCUAGAGUUGAUCUCUCAUCGGGUAUUUAUAGGCAGAAUGCUUGCAUUGACUCCACAACAACGUGGCUGGGGUAUGUAUGCCCAGUUGUUAAUUGAUCUAUUCCGAUAUCUUGCUCCAUUCCUACGCAAUGCAGACCUGACCAAGCCAACCCAGUUACUCUAUAAGGGGAUGCUAAGAGCUCUGUUGGUGCUCUUGCAUGACUUCCCUGAGUUCCUCUGUGAUUACCAUUAUGCAUUCUGUGAUGCUAUCCCACCAAAUUGCAUACAGAUGAGAAAUCUCAUUCUGAGUGCCUUUCCUCGCAAUAUGCGAAUGCCAGAUCCAUUCACACCAAAUUUAAAGGUAGAUGUUCUACCGGACAUUGGCAGGCCUCCACGUAUUCUCACCAAUUUUGCCAAUAUGAUCCAGCCUGAAUCAUUUAAAAAGGAUCUGGAUUCAUAUCUAAAGACGCGAUCUCCUGUCACAUUCUUAUCUGAGCUGAGAAGUAAUUUACAGUCAAAUGAUCCUGGUUCUAAAUAUAAUAUUUCCCUGAUAAAUGCUUUAGUAUUGUAUGUUGGGACCCAGGCUAUUGAUUACAUACACAACACAGGUUAUAAACCAAGUAUGCGGACAAUCGCUCAUACAUCUCACAUGGACAUCUUCCAGAACUUAGCAGUUGAUCUUGAUACAGAAGGUCGCUACUUAUUCCUGACUGCAAUCACAAAUCAACUGCGCUAUCCAAAUAGCCAUACUCAUUAUUUCAGCUGUACUUUGUUGUAUUUAUUUGUUGAAGCCAAUGCAGAAGCGAUUCAAGAACAAAUAACAAGGGUUCUUCUUGAAAGGCUAAUUGUCAAUCGACCACAUCCAUGGGGACUGUUGAUAACCUUUAUCGAGCUCAUUAAAAACCCACAGUUCAAGUUUUGGACUCAUGAAUUUGUUCGAUGUGCUCCAGAAAUUGAAAAGUUAUUUGAAUCUGUUGCCAGGUCAUGUAUUCAACCGAAGCAGGCACCAAAUAUUAGGGAACAGGAUGCAGCUGAUGUUCACUAA